CGUCGCUGACGGCGAUACCUAGCUACAUGGCGGCAGCGGCGGAAUCUGGAACCAACUUUUCAGCUCCACAUGAAUCCAUGCAAGAAACGCUGUUGCAUGAGGAUGUUGAAGAGUGCAAAGAAGCAGACGUCUCAGACGAUGAUGGACCAACGACAGAAGGCGCCGAGUCGCCAACGGUGAAUGAGCAUCACCCGGAAACUUCCACAGCAAGUACAACGAACGGAAUCGAGCAUGGUCGCAGAUCGCACGGCAAUCCACCACCAGCGUUGGAAGAGAAUGGAGGCGCGGAAAGCAUUGACGACGUUGGGUCGUUGGCAUAUCUCCGGAAAAGCAUUGAUGUUGAGGACAUUGAUGUCCCGAUCUCCACCGACGACUUGAUGCGAUCGUUGGACGCAGAGCUCGACAAACGUCGGCCAGAUACGUACAUCAUCACGCAAUUGUGUCGUGAUUUGGGUGAAAUACCCAGCAAGUGGCGGGCCAGGGUGUGGAAGGAACUGCUCUGCCCUGGUGGAAUAAAAGCCGACUUGCCGUGGGACGUCAUCUCUAUGAUGGAACAAGACGAUCCGAACCAACGAGUGAUCCGUGCGGAUGCCCCGCGCACGCGAGCCAAGGAUUUCGCACCACAUUCGCGCGAGUGUGUCGAGCAAACCCUCGUGCAUCUGCUGACGUACUACUGCAAGUGCAAAAACAUUCGGUACAAACAAGGGAUGAAUGAAGUGCUGGCACCCUUCCUUCUUUUGCGUGGCGAUCUUUCGUCCACGUCGCCGUCGUCGGGAUGGACCGACGCCGUCGUGUACCAAUGUUUCUACACGUUCAUCGACAAGUACUUGACGAAUGUGUUCUCGGACCGCGAGUUCCGGUCAUUGCAGUGCUCGAUGCGGCUAUUGCGGCUGCUGCUGCAGUACCACGACCCGAAUUUGUGCGCCCAUCUCGACCAGCACGACAUGUCACCGGAAUUGUACGUCACGCCGUGGUUCAUCACAUUCUUUACUCGCAACGAGUCGCCGGACUUGGUGUUUGCGCUGUGGGAUACAGUUCUCCUCGAAGAUGAUCCAUGCUUGCUGCAUUUCUUCGCUCUCGCGCUGCUGGAAGACAGCCGAGAUCGCGUCAUGGAAGCCGACGUGGCGGAAUUGCCCCAAGUUCUCGCCAGGUUAACGUUCACGUCGGUGGAACAUGUUAAAGAGCUGACAACCAUUGCACAAGAUCGCCUGGCCUGCACUCCCGCCUCCUUCCGGAAGGACGUCAUGUUGGUGUGCUACCGGCCCCUCACUGAUCGAUCGUUGCCAGCGCUGCGGCAAAUGGGCGCAGCUCCGUGCUUGAACGUACACCCCCAAGAAGUGGUCGCCCACAUGGUGUCCAAAAUCCAAACAAACCAUGCGCCGAACGGCCUCGCGCUGCUCUUGCUGGACUGUCGGCCGUUUUCCGCGUUCCAAGACUUUCACUUUAGUCUGUCGUACCACAUCGAUCCGGACGUGCUCGCCAGCCCCGAAGCAUUCAACGUGCUCUUGGAUGGGUUUGGUCGCAUGAAAGAGUGCCACUUUUGCUUUCUCGGGGACUCGUCGAUCGCGCAGCAACGUGUGUCAUCGGACGAUCCGGCAACGAGUGCCUCGGUGAGUUCGAACGGCCCGGCGUCUCCGUCAGGGGACUGCGAUAUGCACGUGACUCGGUUCGUCCUGCUCUUUCUUCAGCAUGGUUUCCAGCACGUGAGCAAAGUCCAAGGAGGCAUCGAAGCGCUGCGUGCGGAGGUCGCAGCCCUCGCCGACGUCGACGUUCAAGACCAGUUGACGGUUGGCGAGUGGAAUGACGUGGACGAUCCCAGCUCCCUCAAGGCCAAAGCGAAAAAGCUCCUGCUCGGGAAACUUCCUACGCUCACGCAGCGGUUCCGUGGAGCCAUCAAACCAUUUGUAAAGAAACCCCAAAGCACGUCGUCGGCCGACGACGGAGAUGGAAGCGGCAACACGACGACGCAAGGCCCCCUCGUGGACGAGGAAGAGUGGGUCGAAGUCGUCGUGAGAAGCAAAGAAGUGCUGAAACGCACGAGCAGCAGCAGCACGAUCGCCCCCGUGAAGCAAGUGCUGUUUGGUCCUGGAAAGCUCGGCAUUCUCUUUAAAGGAAUCGACAAAAGCCCCAUCACAGUUGACAGCGUCGUGCCGAAAGGACAAGCCGAUCUCACCAACCAAGUUGAACGCGGCGACGUCCUCAUCGCGAUCGCUGGGCAGAGUGUCCGUGGCAUGAAGUUUCAUCAAGUGAUGGAUCUGCUCCACGCCGCAGCUCGCCCGAUGACGCUAGAGUUCUCGCAUCCGUCGACUCGCCAUCUUGACGUUCUCGACGCGCUCUCGCUUCCACCUCACGCGCCGACCAUGCUUCGCAACGGUCCGUACUCCAUCAGUCUCCUCUGGGACAGUGUCGCGGGGGCGAGUCGGUACCAACUGCAGUUUGCCUUGCAAUCGGAACAUCGAUUUCAUCCAUGGGCAACCGUGGCCGUCAAGAAUCGCACGGCUGGUGGAGUCGCACUCUUGGACCACAUUGCGGCACCCGCGGAGACCGCGGGGACGUUGGUUGGGCUUGAACCGAAUGAAAAGUACCUUGUUCGGCUUCGAUGUGGCACAGACACCACUUGGGGCGUGUACAGCGAAGCUAGUGCCGUGUUGACCACCCUGCCCCUCGACACGCCAUCACGCCAACCUCCAACACAAUCUCUGAGUCCGCGAACGACGCCGUCACCGUCGUCUGUGGUGUUCCUUGCUGGAGAGUGCCCCGAUGUGGUGGAGCUUGGGCUGUUUUACUACCGCGUCCUCAUUGGCCUCCGCGCACGGUCCGGCCCAUCGUACGAGGCGCCGACGGUGGAAGUCGCUCUGGACAAAGGAUCACUGAUCAAGUGUGAGGAAAAGGUCACGCGGGGUCCGUAUGUGUUUGUGCGGCUGCAAGACACCGAGUUGUGGGCAUUUGAGACGACCGUCGACAACGCGGCCGUGCUCGAACGAUUGGCAUUCGAAGACAAGCCCGAAGGAGCAGUGAAACUCGUGGACAAGGCCGUGGCAUCGACAACGUCUCAUCCUCAACCACCACCAUCGCCCCAGCCACCGUCGUUGGUCGCUCCAAGUGGACUUGACGUCCACGCCCCCACCAUGACGUCGCUUGUGGUGUCGUGGGAAGCGCUUCUGGACCCGUUUGUCGUCAAGUACCAGCUCCAGUACUCGAAGAAUUCUUUUGGGGCCAUGUGGGCGACGAAAGAUGUGUCGGGCCAGCUCAAUUCGUGUGUAUUGGCGCACCUGAGCCCUGGAACUUCGUAUGUGGUACGCAUUCGAGCUGGGUACGAGUCGGCGUGGGGUCCAUUUUCAGCAAAAUCGGAGACCGUCAAGACAUUGGAGGACGAUCAGCCGACUAAGGCGUCGUCGAAUCCCAAGUUCUUCAACGCGUUUGUCGAACGGGCAGCCGAAACAGCGGCGGUGGCGGCGCGAACAGUCUCGGCGCGGCUGACCCGGACAGUAAGCCAAGACAACAUGGACGACGCCGCCAUGACCAAGGACAUGAUGGACCUGCCGUCGUUGGUCGUCAACGUGGACGAAAUGAAGGCUGCAUCGAAAGAGUUCAGGUGGUUUGCCGCCAAAAAGGUCUCGGGCGACGUGGAAUGGACAUGCGAUCUCGUUGUGUCGCAUGGAUACGUGAUGGCCAUCUGCCCUGACGCCGACCGUCCUGGCUGGGGCCGCGUCGAAGACAAGCGGCAGCUCAAGCUUCUGUCCAAGAUCACAUCCAAACGCGGAGUCCAGACGUCGGUCGUGUUUCACUUUAAGAAAGUGGAAGGCAGCGACGACCAAGACAUGGAGACGCUGGAGUUCCUCAUUCAUGAUCGUCAAGGAUGCCUGCAACUAGUCAAAGAACGGUUCCUGGCGAUCACUGCCAAGCCUGGCGCUUCAUGCACAUCAACCUGACUGUCUUAUUUACCUAGCUGUGGAGGUUCUUGCAAGACGAGACUUUCUUCGAUGAUGUCGGGUUCUACUCGGACGCUUUUUGGUGCCUGCAAUGCAGUGUAGCUAUCAGGCGAGCUCGUUUACGGUCGAUAGCCAAGUAAAUGUACUGAUCAUGUGCGACCCCUUGAUCGUGUCCAGGUUGGAGUGCAAUGUUACCCGG